CUAACAGUAUGCAAGUAGUUUAUUUGCAAUUGUCCAAACUAGACAGGUGACAUGGUUUGUGGUUUUCACCAGCUAAAUUUAGGUAAAAAAUAGCUAUCCGUUUAGAUAAAAUGACACCACUAGAAUAUGCACUUGGCUGCACGAAGUGUUGAAACUGAGAAAAUCUGGCAAAGACAGUACCUCUGGAGCAUGAACUGGAGUGGUUCGUUGGAGAAACAGUCGCGGGAUCAGUGCAAAGAUGACAGCUAACUUGUUGUAGAGUUGGUUCAGUUAGGGACAGCGAAAGCUAACUAGAUAGCAUGUCUUUCCAGCUAAGCAGCUUACUGGGCUAAUAGUUUUAUAUGGACCUGUAACUUUAUUUUGCGGAAUCUAUAUGUCAGUAGAAGAACAUUGUGCCACAUGACACUGCAAUGUGUUUAUUAUUUACAUUUUUUUACUACGGUGUUUUUUAUUGCCCCGGGGGUAGCUGGCUGGAUGGCCAUAGAUGGCUCCAUUGACAUGAACCGAGGGUUAAACACCGUUACUUAAACAAAAACGAAGCAAACGCUAGAAUGGCACAGACGAGUUGCCGUAGCUACGGGUGAAUUUGUAUUGCUUUGUCAGUGCCGUUUUUUCAGUGUAUAGUUUCUAUCCUAGUUAAAUCGCCCAACCCCCUAUGCUUUAGAACUGCGUUGUCACCGCUCUACACGACCGUGCUGUGCUGCGCCAGCUGUUUUCUCUGUGCGAGAUUCUGUUGUUGUUGUUGUUGUUGUUGUCGUCGUCGUCACUCGUGUGCCAGAGUCACGCGGGCGCAGUUCACUUUUUUCACGAGACAAGGUCAGAACUGACACUGAAAUAGUUAAUGCAGCAACUGGACCAAAGUAAUGCGGCGCUGCUUCUCGUGAUUGCCAAUCUGCUUCACAUCAAACCCGUCUUGAAUGUCAUGUCUUGGGAGAGAUCUAUCCACCGACCUCAGCGCAUACUAUGUUAAAGCUAGUAUAUCUCCCCAACCAUACCUUAUCGUGGAGUUCUUGAGCUGAGGUGUUCUUGAGUGCGGCUUGUUUUAUUCUUUGUGGCCUUGUCAUUCAUGAAGAUGACACUGCAAACAAAAUAAAUGUUCUGCGAUAGCGUUGAUUGACAUCUCUGGCUGCAGGCACUGCAGGAUGUACUAUAACAUACAGGCAAAUGACAAACUGAAUGAUGAGCAGAAUGCCUUGAUUUUCCCUUUGACAUGCUUGUGUAAGUGUGUAUAGUAUGUUUUGUAUGCAACUGGAGAAUCAGUUUAAUGAUGCAGGAUUUAGGAACACAGAGCAUGUGAGCACCUUCUUUUUGAAUGAUACCAGAUACCGAGUAAUGCUCUUCGGGACAAAGCCGGAGUCUGACCGAUUGUUAGAAGUAGCAGCUGUUUCAAUUUGACCUGUUCGGUCUCUGCAGUGAUGUCACUAUCUUGUGUGCAGUGGGACGGGAUGUGACUAAUUGGCAUACAACUUUCUGUCACGGUUGCAUCGAGUGGACUUUCAGAUACAUCAUUAUGCCUCUGUGGAGUGGGGAAACAACGGAUGGGGUUUCGCUCAUGUGUGAAUGAACGUGAAGACAGACAGACCGACACAGACGGAACGAUGCCUGCAGAGAAAAUGGAGGAUUCUGGGAAGGAGGAGGGAAUUUCCAACGGCGAUGGGGUGGUCUAUGAAGAGAACGAGGUGGAAGAGAGUGUCAGGCCCGAGGACCUGUCGGAGCUGCUGGCUGCAGGGACCAAGGAGUCCCACGAGAAGGCGGAGAACACGCAGUUUGUCAAGGACUUCCUCAGGGGCCGGAUCCGCAGGGAACUCUUUAAGCUGGGCACGGUGGCCCUGUACUUCACCUACACGGCCAUGGAGGAGGAGAUCGAGCGGAACAAGGAGCACGCCGCCAUCGCGCCGCUCUACUUCCCCGCCGAGAUCCACCGGCACGAGGCGCUGGCCCGGGACCUGGAGCACUUCUACGGGGAGGACUGGGAGGGCCAGGUCAGCUGCUCCCCGGCCGCCCAGCGCUACGCGGAGCGCAUCCGCGAGGUGGGGCGCUCCGACCCCGCCCUGCUGGUGGCGCACGCCUACACCCGCUACAUGGGCGACCUGUCGGGCGGGCAGGUGCUGAAGAAGGUGGCGCAGAGGGCCCUGAAGCUGCCCGCCACGGGCGAGGGCGUCAACUUCUACCAGUUCGACGGCAUCCACAGCGCCAAGGCCUUCAAGCAGCUGUACCGCAGCCGCAUGAACGAGCUGGACCUGGACCGGCCCACCAAGGAGAGGAUCGUGGCCGAGGCCAACCUGGCCUUCCAGUUCAACAUGGAGGUGUUCUCUGAGCUGGAGGAGAUCGGGAAAACCCUGCAGGAUGAAGUUCUGGAUGCAGGGAUGCCCGUUCACGGGGACAUGCAGGGAGACAUCAACAAAUGCCCCUACUACGCUGCCAAAAUGGCGGCCGGCGGGGGAGCAUCGUACGUCUGUCAGGCGGUCACGGCUGCCCUCCGGCAUCCCACCGGUCAAGUCCUGCUGGCCGCCUGGGUCGCCGCCCUUGCCGGAUUGGUCGCCUGGUACCUCAUGUGACCCGGCAUCGUCAAACAGCCAAUCGCAGCCCUCCAAGAAGCAAGCAAGGAAGGAUGACUGGAAAGGUGGGGGGAGGGGGGGGGGGUGGAGUUUAAAGACUUGGGUUCAUGGACCUCGAAUGGUUUCCUCCCUCCAUUUCUCAGUCCCGCCUCUUUCCGCUGACGUCACUAGCCCUUCCGCCCCGUCCAGUCAUGUUCACCGGCCACCUCCCAUAGUCCCUUGUGGCUGUCACAGGCUGUCACAAAAACGCAAAAAAAAAAAAAGGUGUUCCUCAGAAAGGUAGCUAUGUUCUCCUUUUCAAAAAGAAUAUUAGUGGAUCCAUUGUUGGAUUUAAAAAAAAAUCUUUUUUUUUUUCGUGUCAGUUUUUUUUCUUUCGUGCUGUUCGGGAUCCAGAACAGCAAGAUGAAGGUUUUUUUUUCAUGACUGGGGAAUUGUGCCCCCAUAGUCAUUUGAAGUUUGACCUGGUGGCUUUUUUUCUGGGGCUGAUAUGCAGUGAAAGUCACCCCUGCUCUGUCAGAUUUUAUGGUUUUUGUGCUGUUAGUUGCUAUUUUUAGUGGUUCCCCCAACCGAUAAAGCCUUGCCAGGAUUCCAAAUUCUCCGGACGGUUAUACUGAGCAGUUUGGCUGAAAAGCUACAAUGUGCCCCAGAUAUGAGCCUCGCAAAUUUAAUGGGGAAAAUGUUUUUCGUUUUCCAAAUUACUGUGCUGUAGGCUGUGGUGUGGUGAAUCCUAGAAUCACUUCUGCCUGUCAGGUCAAUAUUUUGAUUUUGCCUUGAAGACGGUCAUUGAACAGAGUAUGAUGUACAAACCAGGCAUUUUCCCCAUUCCCACAUUGAACAAAGUCACUCUUCUCUGGAGUGUUUUUUUAGACAUCUAGAUUGAUGCCGUAAAUUAGGUUUUUUAUUUGCAUGAUUUUAUUCUUUUAAGUUUAUAUUUCCUGGGUGAGAUCAGGGUUUUUCUGUUAAGCAUAGUUUUUUAAGUUGUUAAAAAACAAUGGCGGCUAUUCAUUUCUGAAAUGUCUAAAAAAAGAAUAACAAAAAACCCCAUCUGUAAGUCCUAUCCCAUUGUUUCUCCAUCAUGUCAGCUGAUGCAGUGUUAUUCGCUGGUUUCACGUGAUGUCACUUCCUCUAUUUUUCCCUCAUGAAGGUCCUAGCACAAGGAGUUGUCGUAGACCAUCUAAGCUCCUGACCUGUGCUUGUUUUGGUUCUGCGUUUCUGGGUUAGCUGCACUAGGCAUCAGGAAGUUCAAUGAGUUAGAGGUGUGCUUGAAGAGCCAUCAGAGAGAAACCCGUAAACACGCUCAUCUCACACUCAUCGCUUGUUCAUCACCACAUCAACGGUUCGGCCCGUUCAGGUGAGAUUUGAGUCGCUGGACUCAACGAUGGCUGAGGAGCGAUGCCUACAUGUUUUCGUGCUUCAGACUUGUAUGCACUUUGGUUCUUUAUGAAGUCUGAGUAGAUACUGCCCCCUGUCAUUUACUGUUUUUCUUUAGGAGAAAAAUGAAUGGAGCCGUUGGCAUUUGUAUUAUUUUUAUUUUUAAAAACGGAUAAAAACAGAGUAUUACGCGCGAGACGGGAACUGCGCUCGGAUGUGCCAUGCGUACGGUGAGCGGUGACCCUGUCUCCUCCUGUCACCAUGGAGACGCGCGAGCGAGAGCUGCGAAACCCAUCCAGUCCGUCCUGCAAACCACCACCCAACAGUAAGGCUGCGCUUGGAGAGAGAGAGAAAAAAAGAAAACGAGCAGCUCAAUUACGCUCGCACCCAACACAAAAGCACACUUUUUCCAAAGGCUUUUAUGAAACCCCCACGUGCCGGAGCGCGAUGGUACGUCUUCUCUCAGAGCUGAGCGCACCGUGUUAUGGUGGCUGACAGAGUGAUACAGUUUCUUUGCUCUCUUACCCUUUUUUUUUUUUCUUUCUUUUUUUAAAUGACGCGUCACUGCAUGUCGGCCAUUUUAAAAUGCUGGUGCUGCUCACGAGUUCUGUGAAUAGAAGCAGCCUCACUCUCGUGAAGAUGUGUAUGCUUUAUGAAGGCCUUAGGAAGGUGCAUGUGAAGUGUGACAUCAUCACUAUAUAAAUCUGUUACGGCUGCUGCUCAAUGCACUAGUAAUUUGUCAUAGAAUAUAAAUAUACGAAUAAUAUGCAUCCACACAUGUAUGUAUGCAUUUAUAUUUAUAAAAAAUGCAGGCUUGAAAUGUAGCCCUCUGUUCUGUUGUGUACUUGUAAUCUUUGGAUGGGGAAAUGGAUAGAUUUCCCUGUCCCAUCACUAGGGUCAGUUGAUUAACACUUAAAUAUUAUAUCCCAGAGUUCUCUGCUGGAAGAUGGAAAACGAAACACAUUAGCAGGUUAUUGCUAUCUAAUGUCAUUACUCUUAUAUUUCAUUUUUUCCCAUUUAUGUCCUUUAAACCUAUUUGUAGUGGCUGGUGUGGUCCAAAGAACAUUAGGGAAGGAACAGUGAGAAGGAACUUUUAAUUGUUCUUCACUCCUCUUUUCCAAUGCAAAGGUACACUCACUGGUACCACCAUCCACAGCCAAAGCACAAUGUUCAAUUGCGCUUUUCUUUACUCUUAAUCUGAUUGGUUAAUGGUUACUUUCCUGGCCCCAAAGAGAGGAAUUGUGGGUAUUUACUUGGCUAAAAAGGGAGAAGGUUUGCAGUAUCAAACAGGAAGCGCGCAGUUCCCUCACAUUUCUCAAACUGUACGUUGCAGUAGCGUUCCUCCAUUUUGAAGUAGUAUUUGUAGUAUUAACAAUGGGGAUGAAACAGCUUGUGUAGCGUGUUCUGUUGUCAGCAUGACGACGCCAGUUUCAGUAAUAGCAGCUGUUAGGAGAGGAGCGUUCUGUGUUGGACCAACAGGAAAGGGUGUUCUGGGUUACUGGGCUGAGCUUUCCCUGUUUUACCUCAGUUCAGCAGGAAGCCUGACCAGAGUCAUUACGGUUAGUCUGAUUAGUCUAGCAUGAAUAACAACGAAAGAUGAACACGAAUGCAGCAGGUCUCAACUGUGUGCAAAAUAUUAAUAAAAAAACUAAUUAUUUGUGAUGGUUAACAAGAACAUACAGUUUCACCUGUGUAAUGAAAUAAAAACAUAAAAAUGUUGAA